AUGGCCGCUAAGUCAGACGGGAGGCUGAAGAUGAAGAAGGGCAGCGACGUGGCGUUCACCCCGCUGCAGAACUCGGACCACUCGGGCUCGGUGCAGGGACUGGCGCCCGGCCUGCCGUCGGGGUCGGGGGCCGAGGACGAGGAGGCGGCCGGCGGCGCCUGCUGCCCGGACGGCUCGCGGUGCUGCUGCUGCUGCUGCUGCGCCGGGAGCAGCGGCUCGGGCGGCGGCUCCGGGGGCUUGGGCGGCCCGGGCGGCGGCUCCGGGCCGGGCUCGGCGGCGCUGUGCCUGCGCCUGGGCCCGGAGCAGCGGCGCUACUCGCUGUGGGACUGCCUCUGGAUCCUGGCGGCCGUGGCCGUGUACUUCGCGGACGUGGGCACGGACAUCUGGCUCGCCGUGGACUACUACUUGCGCGGCCAGCGCUGGUGGUUCGGGCUCACGCUCUUCUUCGUGGUGCUCGGCUCGCUCUCGGUGCAGGUGUUCAGCUUCCGCUGGUUCGUGCACGAUUUCAGCACCGAGGACAGCGCCGCGGGCGCCGCUGGCUGCGCGCAGCCCGGGGCCGAGGGCAAGACCGCGGUGGGCGGCGGAGCCGCGGCCGCGGAAGGAGAGGCUCGCCCCUCCACGCCGCAGAGGCAGGCGUCCAGCGCCGGCAAGGGCCACGUCGCCGCCACCAACAGCGGCAGCAACAGCAGCGGGGCCGCCCGGGCCGGCGGCAAACCCAGGUCUGCGUCCUGUUCCUUCUGCAUCUGGCUCCUGCAGUCACUCACCCACAUCUUGCAGCUUGGGCAGUUCUGGAGGUAUUUCCACACGAUAUACCUAGGUAUUCGGAGUCGGCAGAGCGGGGAGAACGACCGGUGGAGGUUCUACUGGAAGAUGGUGUAUGAAUACGCGGACGUGAGCAUGCUGCACCUACUGGCCACCUUCUUGGAGAGCGCCCCCCAGCUGGUGCUGCAGCUCUGCAUUAUCGUGCAGACGCACAGCCUGCAGGCCCUGCAAGGUUUCACAGCGGCAGCCUCGCUGGUAUCCCUGGCUUGGGCCUUGGCCUCCUACCAGAAGGCCCUCCGGGACUCUCGUGAUGACAAGAAACCCAUCAGCUACAUGGCGGUGGUCAUCCAGUUCUGCUGGCACUUCUUCACCAUCGCGGCCAGGGUCAUCACCUUCGCCCUCUUCGCCUCGGUUUUCCAGCUCUACUUUGGGAUCUUCAUCGUCCUUCACUGGUGCAUCAUGACCUUCUGGAUCGUCCACUGUGAGACAGAGUUCUGCAUCACCAAGUGGGAGGAGAUCGUGUUCGAUAUGGUGGUGGGGAUUAUCUACAUCUUCAGCUGGUUCAAUGUCAAGGAAGGCAGGACACGCUGCAGGCUCUUCAUUUACUAUUUCGUGAUCCUUCUGGAAAACACAGCCUUGAGUGCCCUCUGGUACCUCUACAAGGCUCCCCAGAUCGCGGACGCGUUUGCCAUCCCGGCGCUGUGCGUGGUCUUCAGCAGCUUCUUAACCGGCGUGGUUUUUAUGCUGAUGUAUUAUGCCUUCUUUCACCCCAAUGGACCCCGGUUUGGGCAAUCACCAAGCUGUGCUUGCGAGGACCCUUCUGCCGCCUUCGCUCUGCCUCCAGACGUGGCCACGAGCACCUUGCGGUCCAUCUCCAACAACCGCAGUGUCGCCGGCGACCGCGACCAGAAAUUCGCAGAGCGAGAUGGGUGUGUCCCUGUCUUUCAGGUGAGGCCCACGGCCCCAUCCACCCCAUCCUCUCGCCCACCACGGAUUGAAGAAUCCGUCAUUAAGAUUGACCUGUUCAGGAAUAGGUACCCAGCGUGGGAGAGACACGUUUUGGACCGAAGCCUCCGAAAGGCCAUCUUAGCCUUCGAAUGUUCGCCGUCUCCUCCAAGGCUGCAGUACAAAGACGAUGCUCUCAUUCAGGAGCGGCUGGAGUAUGAGACCACUUUAUAA